AUGCCGCGCCUCAAUGGGGAGGAGUACGUCCCCGGGCCUGCGGUCCCUGAGGGUUCCAAGCCCGCCGAUGAGGUGUUUGUCGUCCGCGCGUCGGGCGAGGGCGUGAAGAGCUACGAGGAGUUUCUGGCAAAGACGCACCUGUACCGCUGCCGGGACUGGCAGAACGCGGUCACGGGCAAGGGGUCCUUCACGUAUGAGGAGGCGCUGCGGGACGAGGAGAAGACGCUGGCGCAGCUGGCAAAGUUUCCUCGUGCCACCGAGGAGACCGUCGUCCGCAUGGUGCACCACUCCACCGCAAAGCUGGAGGACCUUCUGUCCUCGAUAUACGACGCGUUCAAGCCGACCCCCGGCAGCAGCGACAAGGAGAACGACGGCGGCGGGGAGCAGAAGCGGGAGCAGCACCCCCUGGGCAGCAAGCGCGUCAUACGCACCUUUCUGGCGGAGGUGGCCGACAAGCAGGGGGGCCUGUGGCUGGUGCGGCCCAAGUACUGCGACAAGUGGAAGCUACCCACCGAGGUUCCCGAGGAGCUCAGGACGCUGCUGCCUUCAGCCAAGAAAAAGGCGGCCCGCAGCCCGGCCGGCAAGAAGGAGAGCGCCGGCGAGCAGGCAGACGACUUGCGGCCCACGCGGCCGCCGCUGCCGCCGACGCGCUCGCUGGAGGAGGAGGAGGCGCGCCUCAAGGCCGGGUCGCUGAAGGCCUUUGCCUUUGCUGUGCUGAAGGAUGCCGGCAAGGAGGGCCUGGCCACGGCGGCGGCGCUGGAGCGGGUCAGGGAGCGCAGCGAAGGAAAGGAGUGGCCCAAGUCGCUCCCCAACAUGAUGACCGCGCUGCUGAGUAGUGACCCUGCGUUCUGCCGCGUGGCGCGCGGCGUCUACUCCCUGAGGGCGCUGCCCGGCGUGGUCCCCAUGCCAGAGCCCGCAAAGGCAGCCGGCGGCGGCGGCGAGGGCGGCGCCAAGGCGGAGGCUGGGCCCAAGGCGGAGGCGGGCGACGCGGUCGUGUCGCGCGCGGGAUCCGUCGCGGCGGAGCAGCCACCCACCGACGCAGACGGCCUCGCGGCGGCGGAAGCCAACGCUAAGCGCGCCAAGGCGGCGCUCGAGGCGCGCAAGCGGGAGAUGGACGCCGCCGACGCCGCCCUGGAAGCCGCCAAGAAGGCGCUCGCCGACGCAAAGGCGGCGCAGCAGGCGGCGGCUAAGGCGGGGCCGGCGUCGCCGCAGGCGGCGGGGGCCGGGAGGGGCGGCAAGGCGCCGGCGUCGCCGGCUGGGGGCGCGAAGGGUGGCAAGGGCGCGGCGGCGGCGGCGCCGGCGACGCCGCCGGCGUCGCAGGGAGAUGAUGAGGAGGAGCCAAAGUGGGAGCUGCCAGAGGAGCUGAGGGGCGAGUUCAAGGGCGCCCCUGACGACCGCAAGGGCCUGCUCGCCUUCCGCAAGACCAAGGCGGACGCCGACAAGAAGCUGCAGCAGCAGAAGUGA